AUGAUCAACGGUAUUCCAUCGGAGCCGACCGAGAGAGACUGGAUGCUCUGCAUCCGGGCUGGGGUGAUCUCGGUCGCACUUCACCGGACCAGUCUGUACACAACUGCCACGAGUCUAGAUGUUCUGACAUCACCUUCGGGCGAGCUUUCGGCCUAA